UCACAUUACAACAUCCUUGUACCAUCUGAAACAAACAAUCUCUUCUCCAUCGGGCACAAGCACAACGAUCUGAACUUGUAAACAAACACUACAUGCCCACUUCUCAAUAUGACCAAAAACACCCCAUCUACCUCCCGUAUCCACCUCCAUAUCCUCACCUUCCUUCUCCUCAGCCUACCCUUCCAUGGAAGCACACAACGCAGUGAUCCUGAUCAAGAACAAUCCAUUCUUCUUUCACUUAAACAGCACUGGUCCAAUCCCUCCUCCCUCAGCCACUGGACACCGUCGUCGGACCACUGCUCGUGGCCGGAGAUUGCCUGCACAGACGGUUCGGUCACAAGAAUCGCGAUCAUCAAUGGAAGCAUCACAGAGACGAUCCCGCCGUCUAUAUGUGACCUCAAGAACCUUAGCUACAUUGAUCUCCAAUGGAACUUCAUCCCUGGAUUUUUUCCUACCGUUCUCUAUAACUGCCCCAAGCUUGAGUACUUGGACCUCUCUCAAAACUAUCUUGUGGGGACGAUACCUGAUGACAUAAACAGGCUCUCGCCUCGGCUACAAUACUUGAACUUGGCAGCCAACAACUUCACAGGUGAUAUCCCGGCAUCCGUUGGGAGCCUGCCAAGCCUCGUUAGUCUUCAGCUGGUGGCAAACUUGUUCAACGGUUCUUUCCCACCUGAAAUCGGGAACUUGUCGAAUCUUGAAGAGCUGGUUUUGAGCUACAAUGCCUUUGCACCUCAAGCAAUUCCGUCCAGUUUCACCAAGCUGAAGAAAUUGAGGAAUCUAUGGAUGACUGAAGCAAACUUGAUUGGGGAAAUUCCGGACGAUAUUGGGAAUAUGUCAGCUCUGGAAUCCCUGGAUUUAUCUGUAAACGACUUGAGGGGCAAUAUUCCUGACGGCCUUUUUCUUCUCAAGAACUUGACAUUCUUGUAUCUUUACAAAAACAGGUUGUCUGGUCCCAUUCCUCAGAGAGUUGAAGCCUUGAAGUUGCAGGUUCUUGAUCUUUCCAACAAUAGCUUGAAUGGGAAAAUCCCAGAUGAUUUCGGAAAUUUAACAAGCCUAACAGGUUUGGCAUUGUUUUUCAAUCAAUUGUCUGGUGAAGUACCAGUUAGCAUAGGUAGAUUGCCUCAGCUUGUUGAUAUUGGGCUCUAUAGCAAUAAUCUGUCAGGGGAAUUGCCCCCAGACCUUGGCCGGUACUCAAUGCUGAAAAGAUUCCAAGUCUCCACAAACCAAUUUGUCGGUGGACUGCCGAAAUAUCUGUGUGCAAAUAAGGUUUUGCUAGGGGUGAUUGCCUUUGAAAACAAGCUGACAGGUGAACUGCCUGAUUCUCUUGGUGAUUGCAACAGUCUGCAAAUUGUGCGAGUUCAUGACAACCAGCUUUCUGGUAAAAUUCCUGAUGGUUUAUGGACAUCAAUAAAUUUAACAACGUUGAUGCUAAGCAACAACUUGUUUGCUGGUGAGCUUCCCGGUAACGUAGGCUCUCAAUUAUCGUUGCUUGAGCUGAUGAACAACCAGUUUUCAGGUCCAAUUCCAGCUGGAAUAUCUUCUUGGGAGGGAUUGAAGGUGUUCAGGGCAAGUAACAACUCAUUAAGCGGUGUCAUACCUCAAGAAUUGACUGCUCUUCCAUUGCUGUCAACUGUUUUGCUAGAUGGCAAUCAACUUUAUGGUCCCCUUCCAUCAACUAUAAUCUCAUGGAAAUCUCUAACUGCUUUGAAUCUCAGUAGAAAUCAACUCUCUGGUGAAAUUCCCGCCUCACUCGGCCUCCUGCCAGACCUCUUGUAUUUGGACUUGUCAGGAAACCAAUUUUCAGGCCAAAUUCCAACUGAGUUUGACCAUUUGCAGCCAACUUCGCUCAACCUUUCCUCCAAUAGGCUCUCUGGCAGAGUCCCAAGUAAGUUUGAAAAUGGAGCUUUCGACAGAAGCUUUCUGAACAAUCCUGGACUUUGUUCCAAUAUCCGAUCAUUAGGCAUCAGCCCUUGCCGUGCUGAAAGAAGGAAGUCAGACAAGCUUUCAUCAAAAUUUAUUGCUGCCGUCUCAAGUAUAGCAGCAAUCGCCUUCCUAGUGGCUUUCUUAUACACAAUACAUGUGUGCAGAAGUUACAGAAAGCGAAAGCACAUAUCAGAAUCAACCUGGAAGCUCACUUCAUUCCAGAGGCUAAAUUUCACAGAAACAAACAUCUUGUCAGGUUUGAUAGCAAAUAACCUAAUUGGAAGUGGAGGAUCAGGAGAAGUCUAUCGCGUUCCUGUUAAUCACUCAGGCGAGUAUGUGGCUGUUAAGAGGAUUUGGGAGAAUAUGAGGUUGGAUCACAAAAGUGAGAAAGAAUUUCUAGCAGAAGUUGAGAUUCUGGGCAGAAUUCGGCACUCCAACAUCGUGAAACUUCUUUGCUGCAUUUCAAGCGAGAGCUCAAAGUUACUUGUCUACGAGUACAUGGAAAAUCGCAGUCUAGACAGAUGGCUUCAUGGGAAAAAGAGACCAUAUAGCAUCACAAGUUCAGUUCAUCAUGUAGUCUUGGACUGGCCUAAGAGGCUGCAGAUAGCAAUUGGAGCUGCUCAUGGGCUCUGCUAUAUGCACCAUCACUGUUCGUCUCCUAUUAUCCAUCGUGAUGUAAAAUCAAGCAAUAUCCUGUUGGAUUCAGAGUUCAAUGCAAAGAUAGCAGAUUUUGGACUAGCAAGAAUGCUGAUCAAGAAUGGAGAGCCUAAUACCAUGUCGGUUGUGGCUGGCUCCUUCGGAUACAUGGCUCCUGAGUAUGCUCAAACAAGAAGAGUGAAUGAGAAGAUCGAUGUGUACAGUUUUGGAGUGAUCCUUCUCGAAUUGAUAACUGGAAGGAAAGCCCACAGUGGAGAUGAGAGCUCAUCCCUGGCUGAGUGGGUGUGGCGUCAUGUUAAGGAAGGCAAACCAAUAGUUGAUGCAUUGGACGAGGAUAUAAACGAGCCCCACUACUUGGACGAAAUAAACACUGUGCUCAAACUUGGAUUGAUCUGCACCAGCACGUUCCCUUCGAGCAGGCCAGCCAUGAAGGACGUUUUGCAAAUCUUGCUCCGGUGUAGCCAAAGGCUGCAAACUGGGGAGAAGACCAAAAGAAACGAAUACGACGUUACUCCUCUCCUCCAGAAUUCCAAGCCCGACAGAACGUUAGAGAACGAUGACAGUGUUUUCACUUCUAUUUAACUAUGAGUUAGACUAUAGAGCUCCUUUGGUAGGACAUGAGAUCUUGAUAAAGUUACCAUAGACAGUGGCAUAGAAACAGAAGUGAAACUAGAGCUGUUAGUUCAAUCCUCCAAGGGUAUAUGUAAUGAUAACUACAGACAGCUGAGUAGUGAGCAAAUAAACAGCAUUAAAAGUCAGCUGCAAUGUUAUAUGCAUUUGGUUCAUCAUACACAAAUGAUUGCGUUUCUACAAGAUCGAUGAAAGUU